GCGCUGCCCCUGCGGCAGAUCGGCGUCGUGGAGUCGUGCUACCGCGACGUGCAGGGCACGCCGCGGCAGCCGCUGCUCGCGCCGACGGCGCGCGCGGUCUGCGUGCUGGACAAGGCCGUCGUGGAGGCGUGCGCGCUCGAGGGCCUCGACCGCCACAGCCACGUCUGGUUGCUCUUCGCCUUCCACGAGAACACGAACGGCCGCAAGCGGGCCGUCGCGGCCAAGGUGCGGCCGCCGCGCGGCCGCGGGCGGAAGGUCGGCUGCCUCGCGACGCGGACGCCGCACCGGCCGUCGGCGCUGGGCCUGUCGCUCGUCGCGCUCGAAUCCGUCGACGCGCGCGCGCGGCGCGUCGUCGUCCGCGGCGCCGACGUUUUGGACGGGAGCCCGCUCGUGGACAUCAAGCCGUUCUUGCCGUCGUACGACGCGCCGCCG